AAUGCGCUUGACAGAUAUCAAGGCAAACAACGACAAACGCAGAACGUUACACCGAUACAAGACAACGAGGUGGGGGGCAGAGAGAGAGAGAGAGAGAGGAGAGAUUGGAGAGGAUAGGGGAGUGGCGCAGAGACGAGAGGAUCCACAUGAACCCCCCUCCCCUUCCCGCUUCUCCGUCCCAAACAAAGGCUAUUAUUAGGCGGUUCCGCUGGGAAUAAAAGCACACCGUUCGCGAGGAGGAGGCAGGGGCUGGGGACACCAAUAGCGUUAGCGGGCGGCGGAGAGGGCGGCCGACACAUUGCCGCUUCCCCUCGGCGACCGGUUGUUUUCUGAUCGAGAAAUUUCGAGCCCUCCCGGGGGGGAAAGAAACGAUCUUUUUCGGUUUCUACUCAGAAAGGUUCGAUCUUUCUUUCCUUCUUCCCCUCCCUUCGUUAUGCCGGAAGCCGGGUAUUAUUCAUCCAAAAAGACGGACGACAUCUGCGAGGACCUCUGCGGCGAGCAGACGUCGAGGGGAGGGCUGAGCAUGUCGCGGCUGCGGUGCGCCCUCCGGGGGUUCGAUCUCAAGGCAUUGCUGCUUCUCUUCAUCGGCGCUCCCGUCGUUAUCUUUAUCAUCUACUUGCAUGGCCAGAAGGUCACCUACUUCCUCCGGCCUCUCUGGGAGUCCCCUCCCAAGCCCUUCCGCACCAUCCUCCAUUACUACCACCCCAACGUCUCCAUGGAGCAACUCUGCCGACUCCACGGGUGGGGCAUCCGCGACAACCCUCGCCGCGUCUUUGAUGCCGUCCUCUUCAGCAAUGAGCUCGACAUGCUCGAGAUCCGGUGGCACGAGCUCAGCCCCUACAUCUCCGAAUUCGUCCUCCUCGAGUCCAAUUCCACCUUCACCGGGCUGAGGAAGCCCCUCGUCUUUGCCAGCAACCGGCGCCGCUUCGAGUUUUCUGAGUCUCGGCUGACCUAUGGCACCGUGGGAGGAAGGUUCGUGAAGGGGGAGAAUCCAUUUGUGGAGGAGUCGUAUCAGAGAGUGGCGCUUGAUCAGCUUAUUAAGAUAGCGGGCAUAGAAGAUGAUGACUUGCUAAUCAUGUCGGACGUUGACGAGAUCCCUAGCGGUCAUACGAUCGACCUCCUGAGAUGGUGUGAUGAGAUCCCCGAGAAGCUUCAUCUCCAGCUCCGGAACUAUCUCUACUCCUUUGAGUUUCACCUUGAUGACAAGAGCUGGAGGGCUUCGGUUCACAGGUACCGAGGAGGGAAGACCAGAUAUGCUCAUUUCCGCCAGUCCAAUGAUCUCUUUGCUGAUUCAGGGUGGCACUGCAGCUUCUGCUUCCGUCAUAUUAGCCAAUUCAUAUUCAAGAUGACGGCAUACAGUCACGUUGAUCGAGUGAGAUUUGCCUACUAUCUGAAUCCUUCGCGAAUUCAAGAUGUGAUAUGCCGAGGAGCAGAUCUGUUUGACAUGCUUCCGGAGGAGUAUACGUUCCAACAAAUCAUUGCCAAGUUGGGGCCAAUACCUAGUUCAUAUUCUGCUGUUCAUCUUCCUAGUUACCUGAUUCAGAAUGUUGACCAGUACCGAUACCUCUUGCCUAGGAACUGCAAGCGAGAAAGUGAGUAAGUUUUAUUAGUGGCAUGCAGAUUGGUUGCAAAUGCUACAGUGAGUGCAGUUGAGGAAGUCGACGACUGUAGCACUAUUAUGACGAAGAGUGUCUGACAUAGUUCGAUGAUCUUUCUGGAACAAAGAGCAAGCAUCGAGAUUUUCUUGUGCUUAUAUGUGCAAUACUGUUUGGAGAUCUGAUUGUAUUCUUACAAGCUCUCCUGAUGCCACCAUUUCUUUGUCGAGGGAGAUAAGUGAAUCUAACUACCAGGGAGGUUGUUCAUUCCUACUUACCUUAUUGGUAUAUGACAUGACACCCGGUCUUGUAGAAUGGAAAACGAGUGAUGUUUCCUAAAUUUUAUCUGUUGAGUUUUGUUUUCCUCUAGAACUAAUUUGUUGAUGUAUUCUUCUUCCAACUUUUUAACAAAAUCUAUAUAAUUUCUCAGUGUACUGUA